AGGCGGGGACGGCUAUCGGGGUGACACUCGCUCCAUAGUAACCGUCUCCACAGUAACGGCGACUCCUGGCAGCGGGAGAAUGGAGCCCCGGGGCCACAACGGCCGGACAGAGCGGUGAGAUGAGAAGAAGUAGCAACCUACCCAGGCUGAGAAUGCUUGUGCUCUGUAGUCACAUGAUGCAGAUCAGUAGAUGUUUGCGAGACUCUUGAGUUGCGGUUGAUUGGAGCUGCUUUCUCAUCGGAUCCCAGCCAUGGGCAAAUUACAGAGCAAAUUCAGAAGGAACAGCAGCAAAUAUAGGGCUGACAGCCAUGUUAGGGAGAGUCCCCCUCCGCAAGUCAUCCAGCAGCAAAGCCGCGCUCACACUGACGCCGUUACCGCUGUUGUAGCUCUGAAAUCCGACCUGUGUGUGUCAGGAGGCAAGGACAAAGCUGUUGUUGUAUCGAACUGGAGGACGGGAACCGCUCUCAAGAGAUUUGUGGGACACGAUCGAGAAGUAAACAAGGUUGUUUGCGUUUUUGGCUCAAACCGAUUCUUCAGUUCCUCCAGAGACAAGACUGUCUUAAUGUGGGAUCUGCACAGCAAGCUGGGGUUCAUUCAGAAGUUUCUGGGGCACCAGUUAACAGUGACUGGACUGGCUGUUAGUCCGGAUUCCAUGCAGCUCCUUACUGGCUCCCGGGACAACACAUUGUGCAAGUGGGAUGUGGAGUCCGGGCAGUGUCUGCUGAAAAACACAAUCUCAAGAAAUCUAGUUACACACAUGUGCUGGGUUCCAGGAAAAUCCUACGUGGUCCAGACCUCUGAGGACAAAGUGAUCCGUGUGUGGGAUUCUCGGAACCUGCAGGCUGCUCAGUCCUUUCCCAUGAAACAGUACAUCCAGAUGCAUUGCGACGUCAGUGAAGAUGGAAACUACUGCUUGACUUGCAGCAACGGCUUCGGUGGCCAGGGAUGUGAGGCCACGCUUUGGGACCUGCGGCAGACAAAAGGCCAGGUUCGUGAAUACAAGGGACAUCUUCAAACUACUGCAUCUUGUAUCUUUCUGCCCAAAAGUAUGUGUGCAAUGCCUUUAAUAGCCACCUCGUCACAUGACUGCACAGUGAAGAUCUGGGACAGAGACUCAGGAGUGUGUCGGAGCAGCUUGUGGCUGGAUGGGUCAGGACCUCUGUCAUCCCUGGCAGUUUGCGACAACACAUCAAUCCUCUGCGCCAGCUUCAACCUGGGAGUCCACACUCUGCGCAUCGAAAGUUCCAGAGGACCCUUCCUGCAGGAGGUAGCGACGUUCUGAAAGUGCGUGAUCUGUGUGGCCGGAGAAAUAAUGCAUUGUACAGCACUACGGGAAAUAUUUUAUAAAACUAAUAUAAAUUCCUGUCCUAAUGUGUUUUACACCCCACCUCCUAUAGAAUGUAAGCUUGAUUGAGCAGGGUCCUCUUCAACCUAUUGUUCCUGUUUAGUUUAUUUGUAAUUGUCCUAUUUAUAGUUAAAUCCCCCCUCAUAAUAUUGUAAAGCGCUACGGAAUCUGUUGGCGCUAUAUAAAUGGCAAUAAUAAUAAUAAUUAAUGGAAAAUCUCAUUGUCGAGGGUCAGAAACCAUUUCAGAGUUCACGAUGAGUGAACAUGUUAGAGCACGUUUGAUUCAAUCCUAGUCGUACUGAAUUAAUUAUAACCAUCACCAGAAGCCAGGCUUGCUGUGUGCCGACUUUGCUUGUUACGAAACAAACUGUGUAACAGCGCAUAACUAGAAACUUCCCAUCGGUGACAAGUGAGACUAAUGAGGAGCAGAGACAUUCUUCCUCUGCACUGGUUUUAUUAACCCUUCAAAUGCCACAGGGGUGAUAAGCCUGCAAUUACUCUGAUACACAGGCUGCUGGUUUUGGCUUGUUAUUCUCGUACUGAAAGUUUAAUUUCACCUUUUAAACUAUGUUGUUUAUUAUGAGAAGGAGAAUGAAAACCACAACCCUGUAUCUCAUAGAACCCAAUAUAUUUAGGCUCUAGCUUGCCUUCUUACUAAUACAUAGCAAAAAUCCAUCUUUACGCAGUUACUUUUCAGGAAGCCUGUGAGGGCCGAGCAUCUUUCUUACCAUCCGUAUGGCUUUCUACUUCUCUUACACAUUUAAAAACGAUCCCUUUAAAUAAACAAAUGUCUGGGCAUUCCCACCUCCUUGAUUUAGUCCGCUACCUGAACUCCCACUAAAAGAUUAGCACAAGGGUUACAGCAUACACUGUACGAUGCUUUGGGUGGAUUUAUUUAGCUGUGUAAUACUUCCACAGACAUUCUGAUGUCACAUGCACUCUGCCCUCCUCCAUCUAAUUCUUAGGUAGGUGGAUGGAUAGAUGAAUUAACGAGGAUUUUAUGGAAAAUGUAAUGUGCCCAUUACUGGCACUAUGUGGGAUAACGCAUUAAUACAGAGAAUCCUUCCUAAGCACGCAGAGAGAGUGCAGCCAUAAUACAGGAGGUCUUCCUCCCGGUUCACCUACUGAUUAACUGCUUAUUAGCAUCCUGCGCUCCACUGCAGAGCAUCCUGGGAAAAUCCCUAAAUAAGCCAGGAACUGCACAUCUUAGGCCUCUUUAAAAUGAUAUAUAAGCUUAGCACUUUCGUCACUGCACUGUUUUUUACAGUUAUUUGCUAAAUCCCAAAUUGUAGUGAACUGAAAACUGAAUUGCUGAUCUGGAGAAAUAGUUGUUUUUAUGACAUUGUUCUGUGUAAUUUGUGUAGCAUUUCUGAUACUGUGUGUAGCACUGCCAGUUUAUAUUUGUAUAAGAAGACAGAUGUGUAGUAUAUUGAAUAGAAUGUCAGAUUAUUUGUACAGAUGUUUCUGGGUGAAAGUAAUCCUGCAGAAUCAGAAUUAAAGCUUUAAUAUUUAUUUCAUAUUCAUUUUAUAGUGAAUGAUGACUACUAUUGUGUGUUUUAUAAUAUAAACAUCUACGGAGCUUUUUAGAGGAUAUUUUUUUCUUAUGAUUUUAAUUAGAUUUUUGUAACGUGUCUGUAAUGUAUUGUAGACCUGUGAUUGUCUAUGAAAUGUUUUACACCCGUGAGCCCAACUGUCCAGAUCAGGGCAAACCCAAUACUGAUCUAAUCACUAGCGAUGGCAGACUUUCCCACUGUGACUGUGUCAUAAUCGGCAGCCUGUCUCCUAGCUGGGCAUCAUGGGAAAUGUGUUCAUGUUUGAAUAACCUAAUUUAUCUGGAUAUGCAGGAAGCCCAAAGGAUACACAUGCUGGCUUAAAACCAGCGUCAGACAGAUUUAAUAAUGAUCACAUAGAAAGUAUAGACUGUGCUUGAAGACCAUGUAUUUAUUUUUUAUACAGUGCAUUGGCACUUAUUUUAUUAUUACGGUAUGUGAACUUUUUAUUAAAAGACUACGGAGUCAGAUAUAUGCUGACCAAUCAUGGUUCUGUAGGUGGAUUCCAAACUACAUUUCCCAUGAUGGCUCAGUAUUCAUCCAUUCUAGGGAAUUCCUAUGUAUUUGUGGGGCAACAUGUACUGUAAAUGUGAUCAGGUUAUUUGAUAACCACAGACAGGAGUACACAGUGACCAGAUCUGUCUGUGUUCCAGGUAUGUAUAUAGAUAUACAUGUUAGGGCUGCAUCCUGUGCCAAUCUGUCAAACGAUUCUACUCUCGCUCAUUCAAUGAAUUGUACUAGGUGUCGAAUAAUGUUUGUACGCUGCGUUAAUAAAGUGAAUCAUUUUAUCAUCUC